UUAACAAAAGGACUGGGACCAAUCGCGGUAGCUCUCUCUUUCGGUGCAGUCAGUUUGAAACUGCCAGGCUUUUGCUGGGGAAGAGCGGCGGCUGCUCUUCAGGCGGAGUUCACUCGUGGAAUUGUUUAGAUUGCUUCGAACCAAAGGGCGCCGUUAUAAAUGUGCUGACCCACAACUACAAUUACGGGUGGGAGGCAUCAGGCUGGGAAGGAUGAUUUCCUCAUCAGGUCAACUUUUCUUCCUAGAUGAAGUACUUUAAUGCAAGAUGUCAUCAUCUGAAGAGAAAAGCGCAAGUCCUGUUCUACCAAAAGAUUCUGAUCGAGGCAGUUCUGUCUCUUCUGAUCUUCAGGAUGAAUAUGAAGAGUUGCUUCGUUAUGCAGUAGUUACCCCUAAAUUUGAGCCAAGUGGAUUACGACAAUCAGAUCACAUGGAGGUUCAUCAGAUACCUGCAGGAAAGAGUCCAGGAAUGAGUGGCUACAGGCAUGAAAGAGCAGGAGUGAAAUGGAGGUGCCAUGGAAGAACCCCAGAACUUGCAGCAUCUAGUCGAACAACAAGAAUAGAAGUUUCAGCGGCAGUAAAGGAGUCAGCUCAUAUGGACAUGGAAGGACUUUGCCCAAUCCGUUCAGAAGAAACUUGUUCACCAGGGUCCUCAUCUAGUCAAAGAGAUCUUCAAGGGACAUACGUAACUGACAUGAGCCUUUCAGAUGAUAGAGUGACCCACAUAGAGAGCAUUCUUGAUCUGUGGAGUGGCAGCCUUAAAACUAAUGUUUUGACUGAGCUGAGGAAAUGGAAACUUCAUUUUAUUGAACAUCAUACCUUAGAGAUGAGACAAGAAAGAGAAAAGCAUGCAGCCGAUGUGAGACAAUUGACUAAUCAGAUGGAGAACUUGAAGGAAUUGCUACAUACAUACGAGAUUUCCUUAGGGAGAAAGGAUGAGGUAAUUGCAAAUCUAACACAUGCAAUUGAGAAACAAAAGGACAGGAUAGAGUUAAUGAAAAAAUUCACAAAAUGGCGACUUCAGCAUUUUUUGGGCAAACAAAAGGCCAGAGAAGAGUUGUACGCAAAUAAACUGGCUGAUCGGCUGUAUAAAUUAGGCUUGUUGAGGAAAGCCUGGGCGAUUUGGCGAUCCCGCUUUAAUGCAAAAUGGAAAGAAAUCAUGGAAAAGGCUGUUCAGACAAGUGUGGAAUCUAUGCGUGCCACGCUCACCAAUGAGUAUGAAGCCAAACUUCAAACGGUAAAUAGUGCACUUGAGGAAGCCAGAUCUGAAAUUAUUGAACUGCAGAACCAAAGACAAGAUUAUGAAGAUGCCAUGAAGAAGGCUUUCAUGCGGGGUGUCUGUGCACUGAAUUUAGAGGCAAUGAGCAUGUUUCAGGGCAAAGAUUUCAAACUUGACCAGGUGCGAAGCCAGCUUCAGCCUGGCCCAUCAGUUAGAUCAAGCAUAUUUCGUCAGCAGCAGGAGCAAGUAAACAGUGAAGUGCGAAGUCAGCCUGGCCUGUCAACCAGAUCAAGCAUGUUUCGUCAGCAGCAGGAGCAAUUAAACGAUGACGUGAGAAAUCCGCUUCAUCCAGGCCCAUCAACCAGAUCAAGCAUGUUUCGUCAGCAGCAGGAGCAAGUAAAUGGUGAAGUGAGAAAUCCGCUUCAUCCUGGCCCAUCAAACAGACCGAGCAUGUUUCAUCAGCAGCAGGAGCAAGAAAAUGGUGAAGCGCGAAAUCAGCUUCAGCCUGGCCCAUCAGUUAGAUCAAGCAUAUUUCAGCAGCAGCAGCAGGAGCAAGUAGUAGACGGUGAAGCGCGAAAUCAGCUUCAUCCUGUCCCAUCAAACAGAUCGAUCGUGUUUCGUCAGCAGCAGGAGCAAGAAGAUGGGGAAGUGAGAAAUCCGCUUCAUCCUGUCCCAUCAACCAGACCAAACAUGUUUCGUCAGCAACAGGAGCAAGUAAACGGUGAAGCGCGAAAUCAGCUUCAGCCUGUCCCAUCAGUUAGAUCAAGCAUAUUUCAGCAGCAGCAGGAGCCAGUAGACGGUGAAGUGCGAAGUCAGCUUCAGCCUGGCCCAUCAGCCAGAUCGAACAUGUUUCGUCAGCAGCAGGAGCAAGAAGAUGGUAAAGUAGUUGAUCUACCAGAAAAAAGAGCAGAAUCUGGUGCUGGCACUGGUGGACCUACAGCAAAAUUUUCUUCAUUUCAGCCUAUGCCAUCUACAUCCUCACUACCACAACCACCACCCCAUUUUGCUCCGACAACAGCAGGGUCUGCUGCUGCAGAAGACCUGUUUUCUUCUCACCAAGGCCAUGCAGUAACAUCUCAAACCAGAUUAGACUCUGCUGCUGCAUUAACUGCCUGCGGUGCUGCAACAGGAUCAGGCACAAUCUGCAUUUCAAAACUGCCCACGACUAGGGUGGUAACAUCAGCUCAACAAAAGCCUGGAAGGACAGUCACUGCGAAAAUUACUGGUCGUUCAGAUUUUUCAGCAAAGAAUCGUAUUUGCAGUAACUUAGAUGUCUUGGGUGUUUCGCCCCCCAUGAAUUCUGUUGUGGUGGAGAAACAUCAUCCUGUCACUCAGCAAACUAUAUCUCAAGCUGUUGCUGCUAAAUAUCCUCGAACUCUGCACCAGUCUUCUAAUGCUAUUGGCGUGAGACAUCUAGGACACAAUGGGAAAACUCCUGCCCAGAGUCACAACAACAUCCAGUCAAUAAAGGUGGUGGAGUAGGUUAGCCAGUUGAAACGCCUGUACUUUAUUUUAAGCACAUGGAGAACAUUUUCCAGGUUAUUGUUUAAAAUGUGCUCCCUGGUGUUGGCAGAUUAAUGGAAUAAUAACCCAAGAUGCAUCAUGUUUGUCAUCUCAAUAAUAUUGUACAUAUAGAGAUAUUUUGACGUGUAAAAAAUGUGCCACUGAAGAUGGCACAAUGUAGUUCUGUGUAACUGCAAAUAAGGUAUACUUGAAAUUUUUACUUUCUUAAAUUUAUUAUAUAUGCUUAUUUAAUGUUUUUAAUAAAAUUGAAGCAUUGAACUUG